AUGAGCAAAAAAGACUGUAUAAAAUAAUUGUUUUACUGAGCUAUAUUGUAUGCAAAAAAGAAAAGGGAAAUUAUAUGGUGUGCAUGGCCAAAGAGCUCUAUUUUCAUGUCAUCUGACCAUAGCACAGGUUCCAAUUCAGGUGCCAAUGCCAUUUAGCAAUCUCUAGGCAUUUACAUUUGUUGGAUGACAUGAAAAUAAAGCUCUUUGGCCACGCCAGUAGUGGGUUUGGUGUUGAAAGAAAGAUGCAUAUGGAGAAAAGAACCCCAUACCUACUGAAAAAUAUGGUGGUGGAUCUUUGAUGUUCUGGGGAUAUUUUGCUUCCACUGGUCCUGGGGCUCUUGUUAAGGACAAUGACAUCAUGAACUUUACCAAGUACCAGGACAUUUGAGCCAAAAACAUGGUUGACUCUGCCUGGAGGCUGAUAGGCCUGGAGGCUCCCAGAUAGACAAUAACCCCAAGCACACAUGAAAAUCCAUAAAGAAAUGGUUAAUUGACCACAAAAUCAACAUUUUGCAAUAGCCAUCUCAGUCUCCAGACUUGAACCCCAUUGUGGUUUUAAUUGAAGAGGCAGUCCAUCAACUGGGGCUUUAAACUCAAUAUAAAGAGGCUUUAUCCUCAUCAUGAAGACCCACCCUCCACAACACCUUCUCCAGCUUUAUCCUCAACAUGAAGACCCCCCUCCACAACACUUUCUCCAGCUUUAUCCUCAACAUGAAGACCCCCCUCCACAACACCUUCUCCAGGUUUAUCCUCAACAUGAAGACCCCCCUCCACAACACCUUCUCCAGAUUUAUCCUCACCAGGAAGACUCCCCUCCACAACACCUUCUCCAGCUUUAUCCUCAACAUGAAGAACCCCCUCCACAACACCUUCUCCAGCUUUAUCCUCACCAGGAAGACCCCCCUCCACAACACCUUCUCCAGCAUUAUCCUCACCAGGAAGACCCCCCUCCACAACACCUUCUCCAGCUUUAUCCUCACCAGGAAGACCCCCCUCCACAACACCUUCUCCAGCUUUAUCCUCAACAUGAAGAACCCCCUCCACAACACCUUCUCCAGUUUUAUCCUCAACAUGAAGACCACCCUCCACAACACCUUCUCCAGCUUUAUCCUCAACAUGAAGACCCCCCUCCACAACACCUUCUACAGCUUUAUCCUCACCAGGAAGGCCCCCCUCCACAACACCUUCUCCAGCUUUAUCCUCACCAGGAAUACGCCCUCCACAACACCAUUUAGUUAUAGUCUAUUGUAUUCUAAUCUAUUGGGCUCUGAGUCAUCCUUCCUCCACUUGACUAAUGACACUAAUCCUGCCAUCUGUAACAGGCAACUAACCUAA